AAUGUGUGUAUAUAUAUAUAUAUAGAAUAUUACAUUAAUGUAAUUGUCUAAAAUAUCAGUCACAUGCUCACUAGGUUAUUUCCUUAUGCUGCAUACAUUUACAAGUUGAGAGAAAAGACUAUCAGACCGCAUGACGGGGAUAAUGGAUAAAUGACAAAAAAAAAAAAAGUAUUUUUAUUUCAUUUUCUUUAGAUUUUAUUAGAAGCCAAGGAACACGAUGUUAAAGAAAAACCACUCCGACGUGACUGAAUUUAUUCUCCUGGGCCUGACUGACCGAGCUGAGCUGCAGCCUAUACUUUUUGUGGUAUUACUAGUGAUCUAUCUUAUCACAGUAACAGGCAAUGUCAGCAUGAUUUUUUUAAUUAGAAGUGACUCAAAACUGCACACGCCAAUGUACUUUUUCCUCAGUCACCUCUCCUUUGUAGAUCUCUGUUAUGCCACCAAUGUCACUCCGCAGAUGCUGGUUAAUUUCUUAUCUGAGAGAAAAACUAUUUCUUUCAUUGGUUGCAUCAUACAAUUCCACUUUUUCAUUGCCCUGGUCAUCACAGAUUAUUAUAUGCUUACAGUGAUGGCUUAUGACCGCUACAUGGCCAUCUGCAAACCCUUGUUAUAUGGUAGCAAAAUGUCCAAAUGUGCCUGCAACUCUCUGGUCGCUGCUCCUUACAUUUAUGGCUUUGCAAAUGGACUGGUACAGACUGUACUGAUGCUACGUCUGUCCUUCUGUGGACCCAAUGAGAUCAACCACUUUUACUGUGCAGACCCACCUCUCAUGGUCCUCGCCUGCUCGGAUACCUACGUCAAAGAAACUGCCAUGUUUGUGGUGGCUGGAUCCAACCUCACCUGUUCUCUCACCAUCAUCCUCAUCUCCUAUAUUUUCAUCUUCACUGCCAUCCUGCGCAUCCGCUCUGCUGAGGGGAGACGUAAAGCCUUCUCCACCUGUGGGUCCCAUCUCACUGCGGUUACCGUCUUUUAUGGAACUCUGUUCUGUAUGUAUCUGAGACCCCCUUCUGAGGCAUCUGUAGAACAGGGGAAAAUUGUAGCUGUUUUUUAUAUCUUUGUGAGUCCUAUGUUAAACCCUUUGAUCUAUAGCCUGAGAAACAAAGAUGUUAAAAGAGCAAUAAGGAAAGUUAUCCAAAAGAAAUUGUUUGUUAAAUAAGUAGAUAUUUUGGACACAGGUACCUAAUAUAUCUUUAUCAACUGGGCAAUUAAUGAGCGUUUUUAAUUAGCAAGUCCCGUCCUGUCAUCGAGAAUUUUUUGCUUUCUUAUGUCAUAUACGACUUUGGGGAGCGUGUCAAAUUAUUUGGUAGAGUUUACAGAGCCAUCUCAGUGAAUAAAGACACAUACACACAUACAGAAACAGCAACAAAUACUGCUUAGGAAUUCAAAUAGAAGACUGAAAGUUAUUGUUAUUGCUCCAUAGAAUCAAUAAACAGAUGACUGCAUCCAUAGUACUAAAACCUAUGCGAAAUUUCCGCAUGCUG